AUGCUCCGGCGAGCGGGGCCGGCGGCGGGCGCCGGGAAAGGGCGGUGGCGCGGCGCCGUGGGCGCCUGCACCGAGGGCCUCGGCUCCGACAGCGGCGACGUCGGCGGCGCCGAGAUCGACCAGCUCCCGGCCGCCGCCGCCGGCGGCGCGGGCGUCGAGGAGGCGCCGGGCGUGGAGCCGAUCCAGGUGGCCGUGCCGCCGCCGGAGGAGAAGAGGCGGCGGCGUGGGGGACUCCUGCCCCCGGCCAUGCCGCGGGCGGCCGAGGGGCUGGCCAUGCGCGCGGAGCGCCGCGGCGGGCGGCUCAUCCUCACCGAGGUGCGCGCCGCCGAGAACGAGCGCCGCGGGCUCUUCCGCGCCUCGCGCGACGGCGGCCGCCUCCUGCUGCGCUUCGCUGACUCCGCCUCCAACGACGACGACGACGGCAGCAGCGGCGAGCCCGAGGCAGCGGGAAGCAGUGCCGCUGCUGCUGGCGGCGGCGGCUUCAGCGGCGGGGAGCUAUGCCAGGUGGCGGCCGCCGGCGCGGCCGGCCGGACGCGCGUGGAGGUCGGCGCGGUGAUUGAGAUCUGA